AUGGCUUUUGUGUUUCGAAGAUGGAGGGUUCUGCUGCUGCUCAACGUGCUCGCCGUCGCCGGCUUCAUGACAUUCUGGACCAAGUGCAACACCCGCAGCGUCCGAGCCGCCGGUCCGGAGGCUCCGCCGGCGGACGGCAGGUGGCUCCGGGCCAAUGGGACCGCGCAGGGGCCCAGCAUCAGCCACGAAGUGCUGCUGAAGAGGCUCAGCUCUCUGGAGGAUGUGGUUUACCGCCAGCUGAACGGCCUUUCCAAAUCCCUGGGCUUGAUUGAAGGCUUCGGGGGUCGAGGUAAAGGCGGCCUCGCUGCCACGCUGUUACCGGGCGAGGAAAGCGACGCCAAACACCUGCGGGACAAGUACGGCUACAACGCUUACCUCAGUGACAGAAUCUCUCUGGAUCGGACCAUUCCGGACCACCGGCCGAGCAAAUGCAGGAAGGUCAGCUACCCAAGAGAUCUUCCACAGAUCUCCCUCAUCUUCAUCUUUGUCAACGAGGCCUUAUCUGUGAUUCUGCGAUCGGUCCACUCGGCUGUCAAUCAUACGCCGGCUCACCUGCUCAAAGAGAUCAUCUUGGUGGACGACAACAGCGAUGACGAGCAGCUGAAGGCACCGCUGGAGGAGUAUGUCAACAAGCGCUACCCGGGCCUGGUGAAGAUAGUGAGGAACCAGAAGAGAGAGGGGCUGAUCCGGGCCAGAAUCGAGGGCUGGAAGGUGGCCACGGCAGAGGUGACAGGAUUUUUCGAUGCCCAUGUGGAAUUCACCCCUUCAUGGGCAGAACCGGUUCUUGCCAGAAUAAAAGAGGACCACAGGAGGAUCGUCCUGCCUUCCAUCGACAACAUCAAGCACGACACAUUCGAGGUGGAGCGAUACGAGAACUCGGGCCAUGGCUACAACUGGGAGCUUUGGUGCAUGUACAUCAAUCCCCCCAAGCAGUGGUGGGACGAGGGAGACAUGUCUGCUCCCAUUAGGACUCCUGCCAUGAUUGGCUGCUCCUUUGUCGCCAACCGUGACUAUUUUGCAGACUUGGGUCUGCUGGACUCUGGCAUGGACGUCUAUGGAGGGGAGAACAUCGAGCUGGGGAUCAGGGUGUGGCUGUGUGGGGGCAGUAUGGAGGUGCUGCCCUGCUCCAGAGUGGCUCACAUCGCUCGAAUGAAGAAGCCCUACCACAGUAACAUUGCCUUCCACAUGCGGCGGAACGCUCUCCGUGUUGCCGAGGUGUGGAUGGAUGAGUACAAGUCCAACGUUUACCUUGCCUGGAAUAUUCCCAUGGAGAAUCACGGCAUUGAUUAUGGAGAUAUUUCUCAAAGAGUUGUCCUGAGGAAGAACCUGCAGUGCAAGAGCUUCCAGUGGUACCUGGACAAUGUUUACCCGGAGAUGAGGAGGUACAACAACACGCUGUUCUACGGUGAGAUCCGUAACUCUAAAGUAAGCCAUCUGUGCAUGGAUCAGGGCAUGAAGGAGAACCACACAGCCAUCCUCCAUCCCUGCCAUGGCUGGGGUCCUCAGCUGGGACGCUACACCAAGGACAGCCAGCUGUUCCUGGGCCCGCUGGGAAGCACCGGCGAGGACACUCGGUGCGUGGUGGACGAUCAGGUCAGCAGCUUCCCACAGCUCCUCCACUGUGACAAAGUGACCAAUGUGAAGCAGAAGACAUGGCAGUUCUCUCAGAACGACUGGAUCAAGAACCGAGCCACCGGGCGUUGCCUGGAGGUUGUGCCUGCCAACGUGUACUUCGGCCACCUGCUGGUCCUGCAGCCGUGCACCGGCCAGAGAUGGACCAUCAAGAACGCCAUGAAGCAUUAACGGCUUCUUUUCAGCCACAAACAAUGAAGCACAGACCCCUCCUCUUCUCACAGGGGAUGGACGGUAACAAAACCUUUCUACUGAGAACGCGAAGAACUCUCUCAAAGUUUUACAGCUCUUCAGUGUGAUGUUGUCAUGAUUGGCGUGUCCCUCCUCCGUUGUGUUUUUUCAGGAAAUGCAUCACGUCAACAGGAACUAUGCCAUGUUUAGUUUUGGAUGGAAACGGUUUAUGCCUUCAUGAAUGCUGUGCAAUAUUUGAAUCUGCAUUUUGUCCUUUAAGGUGUUAACGGAGAAAGUUUAAUUUAUCAGAGUCCAUGAAUAGGUGUUAUAAGUAAGACAAGAAUGACUCUACGCUAUCGAUAAGCUUAUGAUCAUUUAAAAUUGAAAUUCACUUUUUUUUUUUAAUCUUUAGUCUUUGUAAAUAUUGAUGGUUUUAAAAAAUGCAAUGAUGCCUGAGCAUAAAUUUGCUUUAUUUUCUUUUGGAUGGAUGUCUUUAAAAUCAUCUGCUUAGCUAUUUAAAAAAAAAACAACAGAAAAAUAUACAUUUUUUUCCUCCCAAAAUAAAAGCUUGAUAAAGUUAUGAUUCUAUUUUGUUUCUAAAAAAAAAAGGCUGUCCUGAAAACGUUGUGUAGCAUGAGUUCUGUAUGGGCAUAAGGGUUAGUUCAUUUAUUCCAUCAUCUGCUGUGUGCCAUACAUCCUGCAGACACCAAAACCAAUGAGAUGCACUUUUCAGGGCUCGGAUCUGCUUAAGGAAAACGGGGAUCCUGUCAGGGAUGGACCACUUUCUGGAUUACUUGCAGGCUUCCUAAGAUGGAAAUGUAUUUAAAAAAAAAAAAGGAAAUCUGUGUAUGAUGUCAUAUAUUCAUUCAAUGUUUCUGGAUGGAUUUUGCUCCUAAGAAUUGUCUUCCAAUAAACAACUACUUUCCUGGUU